GCGAUUUGCACAGACCUAGCUCGACUCGGAGUUGGGGAAAAAAAAUUGAAAAGUUGAAAAAAGUGAUUUGAUUUGAUUUAAUUAAAAAUUGAGCUUUUUAAGUGAGUGCAAAUACAUUUGAUUGCCAAUCGGAGCAGAUUUCGCACCUGAAAAGUUGCGUUCACAGUCUGGCUGCAUACCCUGCCCUAGAUCAGCUUGAAGGAGCCGCGCACGGACCGUGGGAGCUAUCCUCCACAAAAUGCCCGGAGUUGUCUUCCUAAUCGUCGUGCCGACAGCGAACUUUGAGCGCGAGCUGAUUUACGGCACUUCAAAUAAUGUUUUAACUGAGCCGGCGGGCGGUGUGGCUGGCUCUGGCCCUGGUCCUGGCCCUGGCCAUGGCCGCCAUCCCAUGGCCAGUGGUAAUAAUAAUCUGAACAUCAAUCUUCCGGAAAAUAACAACGCAAUACUCCGACUCGAAGUUGAGUUACGUGACAAGAAUGUGCCCAAGUAUCGACGCGGCGGCGGCGUGGGCGGCAUGGCCGGCGCUGGGCGUGGCGCCAGUCCAGGACGUGGCGGGGCAGCAGCUGCUAAGAGGGUCGCACCAGGUGGGCCAGGUGGGUCAGGUGGUGGCGCUGCGAGUGGUACGCCCGCUGUGCCACUGGACAGACGUAAUUUAGUGGUGCCGCUCGAAAAGGUACUCGAGGAGCUGCUGGCGAAGCUCGAAAUUGAGCACGUCACUUGGACGACGAGCAAAAAAGGCUAUUUCCAUCACGUCGUUUUCCCGCUGCAGGCCGGCGAUGCCUGCGAGACGACGCUCCACUGUCUAACGGAGCUGGGCAUUGGCACCAAAUUGAAUUCCAGUGUCAGCGUCCUGCCGUGCAGCGUUAGCUACGAUGCCAUCACAGAUGCCUCCAACCUGCGCGAUGAUUACAGCGAUGAUGCCGAGGAUACUUCCAAGUGGAACAACUUUGUGGAAUCGAUAAAGUCCAAGCUGACCGUGAAACAGGUCGUGGAUGGCGUGCGAGCUGGUGGCUCCCUCUCCUUUGACUACUUGCUGCUAAUUGUAACCGCCGACUCUUUGGCCGCCCUGGGUCUGGUCGAGAAUAAUUCACCGAAUAUUGUUGCGGCCAUGUUGGUAUCCCCGCUUAUGGGUCCCGUUAUGUCAAUUACAUUUGGCGCAAUUAUCUCGGAUAGAGAGCUAAUGCGCGUUGGCUUUAUUAGUUUAAGCCUGGGCAUGUUCAUCUCAUGUGUUUUUGGCUUCUGCUUCGGCCUGAUUCUGGGCACCACCGAAAUGCCUUGGGGCCAGAAUAUGGAUUGGCCCACCGAGGAGAUGCGUGGCAGGGGCAAUGUGCGCGCUUUGUGGAUGGGCGUGCUCUGGGCUCUAACAUCUGGCACUGGGGUGGCCGUCGCCCUGCUCCAGGGCUCUGCGGGGCCGCUGAUUGGCGUUGCCAUAUCAGCCUCAUUGCUGCCGCCCGUUGUUAACUGCGGUCUAUUCUGGUCGCAGGCCUGCAUCUGGCUCAUCUAUCCGGAGAAGCGCAUACCGCACUUGAAAAACGAGCCCAUGAACAGCACCAGCGCGUAUCCGUUCCUCUAUACGGACUACCUGCCCACCGAGUUCCUCAUCAAUGGCAUUGUGUCCGCUUGUUUGACGAUAGUGAAUGUGAUUUGCAUAUUUAUAACGGCCAUAAUAGUGCUGAAAAUCAAGGAAGUAUCGGCGCCAUACACGGCCAGCCCGGACCUGAAGCGCUUUUGGGAAACAGAUCUGCGGACCGUGCGCAGGACGAACCGCUCAACGAUGCGCCAUCGACAGGGCACGCUGCGGGGCGCUGGCGGAGGCGCUGACAAGCUUAUGGGCGGCACCUAUCAGGGUCUGGACGAGGCACGUAGUGCCAAAAUGGACUCAGCCCUGGAGCGAGCUCUGGCACAGGCCGAAAGCGAUGCCACCUUCAAGAAAGUGAAACGGAUGAGCUACUCGAGCAAUGCGGCGGGUGAACUAACUGAACGCUUGGCCAAGAUAGCCGGUCUAAAUAAACGGCAUGUGGACGAUUCGCUGCACACGAACCCAAGCAGCUUGGCUGGCAGUCGCAUGAACUCCAUACGGAACUCGCAGCUGAAGGUGGAUCUGAAGGUGCUGGACAAGCUGGUGACCAAUCUACUGCAGCAGCAUGCGGCUGGCGCUGGUCGUGAUACCACCUCCAGUGGAAACUUGGAGGCGGGCAGCAGCACGCCGCCCGCUCAGCGUUCGCCUUCCAAGAAGCUCAACCGCUGGCGGCCCCUGUCGCGGUCGGUGCACAGCUUCAAGCGCGGCGACAGCCGAGACUAUGGCGGCGGAAACUUCACCCAGCUGCAGGAGCGCAGCGAGGCACAGGCGCCGCUGGCCCACAACAUGCCCACGAUUAUGGAAAGCAGCGCUGGCAGCCCAACGCCCACGUCCACGCCCAACAACAAUGCCCAGCCGCAGGCUCAGAGCCCAUGGACGGCCUCGCUGGAGCGCACGCCGGGAGCCGUUCGCAAUAUGCUGCACAACAUCAACCAGGCGCGCAGCAGCGGCGUCCAGGAGGAUCAGCUCAAUCUGACACAGAACUAUGUGGACUAACCGGGAAGAUUCAGAUGAAUAUACGGUCGAGUCUCGAUAAUUAAUAACCCGUUAAAUCGAAAAUUUCGAUAAAUCGGAAAACUACAAAACAAAACUACUUGAAAAAAAUUCGUUCUCGAUCAUUCCCGAUAAUUUGAAUUUCUGUGUAAAUAAAAAAAUAAAUAAAAUAAAAUAAAAAUAUAUCCCCUUGCUAUUUAGAAUUAUCGGGAUUCGAGAGAGAAUUAGAGAGAAUUUCGUUUAAAUCGUUUUCAUUUUUUUCGAGUUUUCAAUUCCCAUUUUUGUUGAGCUGGAUUAAGUUAAUUGUCUUUUAAGUAUGUGAGGAGCGAGCAGCGCCCAUCACAUCAACAGCGUGCGUGUAAAUGUGAGCAUGUGUAUGUGAAAGGGAAGACAUUUACUGAAUUUUUUAGGCAAUUCCUCAUAUUUCAGUUCAUUGUAAAUCUAUAGAGUGAAGACGUAAUUCUUUAUACUUAAAUUCUUGAAAAUUGUUGU